CAACUUACCAAUGACGAUCUGACACGUUGUCGGUUGUAUAAUAAUUUCAAAUAUUCAGGUCAUAGACGAUACAAACUCGCCAAUAAGCUACGUAAUCGUAUUUCUUCCCCCAUAACGCAUAAUGUUGGCGAUCGAGGGGCCACAGGCUUGACUUGUGGACUCUGUUCACUCUGAAUCGGUUACAUUUGGUCCCAUCUCCCUCGAAUGAAUCUCAAUCUUCAACUCCUACUGCGAAUUAUUGUCCUCUAUCUUCCUAUUAGAGAUUAGGUAAGUACGGACUUUGCUAUGUGUGUCUUCGUUUAUGAAAUUGAUUCUCUCAUUCUAUUGAAUUUCCAAUUUCUUCUGACUAUCAUUGCAAUUUAGCUCUUACUCAAGUAAAUCGGGAAACAUGUAAAGUGACAAUCAACUUUACAUGGCUAAAGUUCAUGGGAUCAUCUACUCUUCUGUUAAAAGUCCUCAUCAUCCCACAUCAAACAGUAACACUCAAGGAUUGGUACCAAACAAGUUCAGCCAUGGGCAAAGUUCUGUGUUAAAACUGAAGUUAUCAGAAACAGAAGAACGUGUAAACCACAAUGAAGAUUGCUCUGACAAUUUCAGCAGAACUCAAGGAGGACAUGAACAACAUAUGCAUCCAGAAAGAAUUGGCAUCACAAACAAAGCAUUAGCUGAAGCUUGUAAAUAUGCUUACAAUGAUGCUAGAUUUGUAAACGAAAGGGCCAAAAACGACAUUUUCUUACUUUCACGUGGCAUUAUGAGGUUGGAUGCUCGGGCACGCCAAGAUGUUGCUAUUCUUGGUUUAGGAUUUUUAAAACUUGAUGCUCGUGCUAGAGAGGACACUGAAAAAAUUGACAAUAAUGUGAAGAAAAGAGCUGAGCGACUUCAUCACAUUGCCCUUAUUUUAAAAAACAAAGCUGAAUCCAAAUUGAAAAGCGUUGCUGACCGACAUUGGAGUGAUGGAGCUUUAGAGGCUGAUCUCCGGCGUGCUGACUAUAUAGCCAAACAGCGAGCCAUGGAAGAUGCCCUCAUGGCUUUAGAGUUUAUCAAAGAUGUUCAAGACAUGAUGAUGAGCAAGAUGUAUAAGCUGAAAAAUGGAGCUUUGUCAUCUGAUGACAUGGCGGGUCAAAUAACACUUGAAAAGAAUGGGAAAGUUCUAGACUUUUUCCCUGGUGAGGUGUCAACUGAUCGCAUUACUGCUAUUCAGGAGGCUUAUCGGGAUAUGGCAUCUGCACUUUCUGAGGCUGAUGGAAUUGACUAUACUGACCCUGAAGAGCUCGAGUUGUUGGUUGCAACAUUGAUGGAUCUUGAUGCAAUGGAUGGUAAAGGGAGUGUGUCAUUAUUGGCAGAGUGUUCAAGUUCUCCUGAUGUCAAUACAAGAAAAGCAUUGGCUAAUGCUUUAUCAGUUGCACCAUCGAUGUGGACACUUGGCAAUGCAGGCAUGGGAGCUUUACAGAGAUUGGCAGAAGACAGUAACCCAACGAUUGCAGCUGCAGCAUCUAAAACCAUAUCAGAAUUGAAGAGACAGUGGGAGAUAGAAGAAGGUGACAACUAUAGAUUUAUGAUGAAUCAGAUUCCAUUGCCAAAGUUAGACUACAAAGAUGAUGAUGAUGAUGAUGAUGAAACACAAGACUAAUAUGGUUAACUUUUAGAAAGAUGAUAUUAAUGUAAUGUAGAUAGAUAUCUCAUAAUUUGUAACAUAUUAAUGAUGCCUAUAGGUUUUACGUCUUUUUAUUUCUACAACUUCCUCCUCAUGGGACGAUGUUCGUUAUGAUUAUGGAAAAUAGAUGGCAUUGUUAUGACAUGGGGUCUAUUAUGAAUACAAGGGAACUUAUUUGCAUAAAAAAAGCAUCUCUAGACUCAAUAAUAGGUACUAACCUUAUA